CACCCCUCUAAACUGUCCUUGGUGGAGAGAAGAAUACUGGCAGUCAGAACACAACAGAGCAGAAUGUCAGCGACAAGGAGCACUGUGCUGUGUUUGGUCUUUGCCUUAACCAUACUAGCUGAUAUUUGUGAUGGGCAGCACUGGUCUUAUGGACUACGGCCGGGUGGGAAGCGAGAUGUAGAGAAGAUGAAGGAUGUGCUUCAGGAUAUACCUGGAGUGUCAGACAAGUUUGAAAAUGCAGAUCACCCUGGCUGUAUCUUCGCCCCUCAGUGUAGGAAAUUGAAUGGUCUCAAGGAGGUUCUGGUCAGCCUGAUUGAAGGAGAACCUGGAAGAAAAAAGGUGUAAAGACAAGAAUGUUGUGAGGGAAAAUAUGGCUAUAUGAUGAAUGUGUGGUGACUUACUUUAAAAAGUGUACUUACAAUCCCCCAACUGCAAGGUGACAUCUCUACUGUUGACAAAGUUCAUGACCUGGAGCUGCACACCAUAGAUCUUUAAAAGCUUUCCAUCCUAUAUGGAAUAUUGUUCACUGAAUUUCUGAAAAAAGAACAUCUUUCAAAAAAGACAUUGAUCAUUCUGUAUCCAAAAAUGAGAAUUUAAAACCAGAAACACAGUUGUAGCUUCCUGUUAAUCUUUAAACAUUGUCAGUAUUUCCAUAAAAAAAAAACAACCAAAUAAAAAGUGCCUUUAAA